AGUUAUUUUUAAUAUAAAACAGUGACUGUGUAAACUGCACAUACAAAAACAUGAAAGGAGAAUUACUAAUUUUGAAGACACUUCUAAUUUUAAUACAAUGUAAUGAUUAUGUGCCUUUUGUUAGUCCGAUUCUAACAAUGUACCCAUGUUUGAACACUCGAGACAUUGUCGUUUGGUAUGACACCACUCUACCGCCGAAGGACAGGAAUCAAUAUUACUUGUACAUAAACAGAAUGUUUCCUGCCAGAGUGGCGAUCGAGACUAAAUUCAACGCCCACGUGAGCAUUACUAUGAACAUUAGAACGGGUAAUAACACGUUUACACCAGAAGUAUUGAGAGAAGGUGUGGCGUCAACGCAUACUUAUAGAACUACAAAUCCAGGCCUGAUUUCUUACGGUUAUAAAGUGAAGGGAACGGUUCCCGGGAAAGUUCCAUAUUUAACUAGCCUCACAAGUAAUAAAGUGGAACUCUGCACUCAACCAAACGUGGGUUUUCUUGACGCAUAUACAGCCAACACCGUUGACUCUGAGACCCGACUGGACUGCGGUAGACGCAAAGUGGCACACACUGAACUGAUAUUCAACGGGGAGCAGACAAAGCCAGGGGAUUGGCCAUGGCAUGCGGCACUCUACAAAUUUGAUUACCCAAACAAUAAAUAUGUAUGUGGUGGAACCCUACUCUCCUCACAUUUUGUUUUAACAGCUGCUCACUGUGCCAGCGUGAGAGGCGUUCCAGUUGUGGCUGAAGUGAUGAGUGUCAUUCUCGGGAAAUACAGAUUGUACGGAGGCGAUUUAGGAACUCAGGAGAAAGAAGUACACAGAAUAAUUAUCCAUGAAGAUUUUCAAUAUCGUUAUUUACAUAACGACAUAGCUCUUUUGAAGUUGAGUACUGAAGUUUCGUUUAAUGACUAUAUUCAACCGGCUUGCUUGUGGUACAGCAAAGCCAGUGCAAAAUUGUUGUCUGAAGAAAUUGUAGGGAUGAUUGUUGGCUGGGGUUUUGACAGCAGUUAUACUUUAUCACGAACUAUAAGACAAACACAGAUGCCUAUGGUGCCUGAUAGUGUCUGUAUGUCGAGUAACCCAAACUUUUUCACGUCUAUUCUGAACGACAAGAAGUUUUGUGCUGGAUAUCGCAAUCAUAGUUCGCCUUGCAACGGUGACAGCGGAAGUGCUUUCCAAGUGUUUAUUCCAGACUCAGCACAGCAAACGGUAAAUACACAUAGUUCUGGAGCCUGGCUCGUCAGAGGCAUAGUGUCUCUGGCAGUGUCCCGGGAUGACGCGGCUGUGUGUGACCCCGACGAGUAUGUGGUGUUUACUGACGUCGCCGAGUAUCUUACUUGGAUUCAGAAUAACGUUGAUUAUGAUUUAUAAUACGAUUAUAAUGUAUUUUU